GCACGAAUCGAUGUUAAAAUUCUCGUCUCGCGUUGCGAGGCAAGCGGUUUCUAAUUACGGAAAACUUUAAAAGAUUAUUCGUACAAUGGAGGCCUGUCGGUGCGGAUGUGACGCAUUGACGCGUGAAUCGAUCGAUCCGCCGCAUGAGCCGUGCUGUUGCUGCAGCUACAAUCCCUUCAGCGACAAAGAAGCAGAGAUCUACGACCUGCCGUUUGCCCUGAAGAAGCUCACGGUAAUGAAGUGUCAGAUGAAGAAGUGGCGAAUGGAAAGACUUCAGCUUGAGAGCGAAAAUAGAUCUCUGAAACAAGCCCUCCAGUCAUUCGGUGUAAAUGUGGAUGAGAUAUUGAAGCCCGAUCCGCUGCUAGUGCACUCCCAGGAAGAAAUCGAAAGGCUGCAAAAUGCAAACGCGGCGCUCCAAGAUAAAGUGAGGGAUCUCGAGGAAACUCUUGCCGAGCGAGAUUGCUGCGACGAUCCUGACGCCACGAUUCACUUCUUCAGAGAGAAGAUGAGAUAUCUCCGAGAGGGUUUCGCGCUUGAAAAGAAAGAGUACUAUUGCUCCCUACUUUCUCCACCAAGACCUUGUUUAAUUCUUCCUUCAUUUCGACAACGAAUCAUUCCUGAGAAUGAAGCGUCAAAGAAAUUUCUUUACAGAUUGCGGGACAUAAUAUCGGAUUUGAGGUUGAAGCUGGCACAGGUCGAAGAGGACAUCAGCUGCCCCGCGAUAUAUCGUUUAAGAGCAAAGUUGCGUGAACUCAUGAAAGGUCAAGUGGCCGAGCAGCAGGUCUCCAAAGUUGUGGAGAAAUCGAUCGAAACCUUGGUGGACCUCUCGAAGAGCUGCGACGAUCUACGUUUGGAAAACGAACGUCUUUUGGACGAGUUGGCUAACUUGCGUCGUGUGUUGGCUGAUCACGAAGGGAAGGAAAUACCGGAAUCAAUCUUGAGAACAGUCGAAACGGUCACCGUGCCGGAAUACGUUGACAUUUCAGAUCUAUUGGACAAGCUGAAUAACUGCGAGGAUACUGUGGCUGACCUAAGAAAACAGUUAGAAGGAAAAGACAAACUGAUUGAUACGUUGAACAAAGAACUGGAAUCGAUAGUCAGUCAAAAAGAUCUAGAAGCCAUGAAAGAGGAUCUUAGGAGGAAAGAAGACAAGAUCGCGGAACUCUUGAACGGCCUAAGACAAUCAGAAAUUGACCUGCUCGAGCUUUCCACUCUAAAAUCCAAACUAGAAGACUUCAAAGAGGAAAUAGCCGACUUACAGUCGAAACUCGACAAGUCGAACCAAGAUAUUGACGAUCUGAAAGCUGAGAUAGCCAAUCUGAGGAACGAGCUGGAAGAUUGUAACAAGCAAAACGCUGAGCUGCAGGAGUAUUGCACGGACAAGGAUGCUCUUUCGAAGAAGCUGCGCGACCUGGAGGAGGAUCUCGCGGCUGCGAAACUCACAAUAACCGAUCUGGAGGAAGAGGUGGACGUUUCGAGGAGAGACAAUGAGAAUUUGUUGAACGAGCUAGACGAGGCGAGGAAACAGGUGGAGGCGUUGACCGAGCAACUGGAGGACGAGAGGGCGGCCAGGAACGCGUUGGAGAAGGAAGUGGAGGAUAGCCGAAAUGAGAUUGAAAAGUUGCAGAAGGAGAAUUCGGAUCUGAAGGAUCAGAUCGACGCCGAGAGGAAGGAGAACGAUAAACUUCGCCAGGCAUUGGAAGCGUCGAAAGAGCUGGCCGACGAGAACGAAAAGUUAAAGGCUCGACUGGAGCAGCUGAAGAACGAGAACGACAGCCUGACGCAGAGCAUGAAGGAGCUGAACGAUUUGAAUAAUCAGCUGAGAAACGACUACGAUAGUAUGAAACGGGCGAUGGAUAAUUUGCAAGCGGAGAUCGACAAACUGGCGGACGAGUUGGCCAACGCGGAACAGAAACGCGACGCGUUGUUGAACGAGAAUAACACUAUCAGAAAGCAGCUCGAACGAGCGAUUGCGGAAAACGAGAGUCUGAGAGCCGAACUGGACGAGGCUGGCGAACAACUCGACAAACUGAAAUCGGAGGAAAGCGAGCUGCUUAAGAGCCUCGACGAGAUGAAGCUCGAGAACGAUUCGUUGAAGCGGGAUAUGAAGGCGUUAAGGGACGACCUUGAGGAUUCUAGGGGGCAAGUGGAGGAGCUGAAAGCCGCUGGCGAUGCGUUAAGGGCGGCGGAUAAGGAUAAGAAACUCGAACUCGUCGAACUAGAACAACGAGUGGAGAGCUUGAAGUCCGAGAAUGAUCGCUUGACGAAGGAGAACGACGACCUGAGAAACAGAAACAUGGAAUUGCAACGGAGAUUAGAAGAGCUGGAUCAGAUAAAGGGGGAAAAUGCAGAUUUACUUGCUGAAAUGGAUCGUUCGAGAAAAGAGCUGGAUAAAACCUUGGAGGACAUUGAUCAGUUAAAAUCCGAAAUAGGUUCUCUGAAGGACGGACUGGACAAUUGUGUGGGUGAAAUGGAAAAACUGAAAACCGAGAACAAUGACCUGAAGGAGGAGAAUGAGUCUUUGAAGUCCGAAAUUCAGGACAUUGCCAAUCGCUUGAAAAAAGAAAACGACAGUCUGAAAGAUAAAAUUGUGGAAUUGGAGAAAAAACUGGCAGAAUUGGAUAAACUGAAGGGGGAAAAUGCUGAUUUGCUCAGCGAACUGGAUCGUUUGAAACAGGAAUCGGAGAAAACCUGGAAAGAGGUUGAUCAAUUAAAAUCCGAGGUAGGUUCGGUGAACGACGCCCUCGACAAGUGCGUGGAUGAGAUGGAAAAACUGAGACUCGAAAACAGUGGCCUGAAAACGGAGAACGAAGCUUUGAAGUCUGAAAUUCGGGACACUGUCAAUCGCUUGAAGAAAGAAAACGACAGUUUGAAAGAUGAAAUUGCGGGAUUGGAGAAAAAGCUGACGGAAUUGGAUGACCUGAAGGGAGAAAAUGCCGAUUUGCUCGGCGAACUGGAUCGUUUGAAACAGGAAUUGGAGGAAACCUGGAAGGAGGUUGACCAAUUAAAAUCCGAGGCAAGUUCGUUGAAAGACGCGCUCGACAAGUGUGUAGACGAGAUGGGGAAGUUACGAACUGAGAAUGAUGAUCUUAAAUCGGAAAAUCAAGCUUUGAAGUCCGAUAUUCAAGGACUCGACGAUCGUUUAACGAAGGACGACGCCGAUUUGAAAGCGAGGAACGAGGAACUGCGACAAAAAUUAGGAGAGUUGGACAAACUGAAGUCGGAAAACGCGGAUUUGCUCGGCGAGGUCGAUCAUUUGAGACGCGAGGUGGAAAAACUUUUAGUGGAUAUCGAUCAAUUGAAAUCCGAGGUAGCUUCUUUGAAAGACGCGCUGGAUAAGUGUGUCGGCGAGAUGGAGAAGCUGAGAAGCGAGAACAAUGGUUUGAAGUCUGAAAUUCAGGGGAUGAAAGGUGAAGGGGAUAGUCUAGCCGUGGAGUUAAAUAAUCUGAAGAACGAGAUUUCCACUUUGAAAGGGGAGAGAGAUCAAUUGAGCAAGCAAUUGAGCGACAAUAAGACGGACAACGAGAAACUGCGAGCGAACAGCGAGAAACUACGAGCGGAAAAGGCUCAAGUUGAAGCCGAAAACGAGAAACUGAGAGAGGAGAUAAAUUCCUGCAAGCAGGAGAAUGAUAAGUUAAAAGACGAACUUGCAAAAUUACGAGAACAGUUGCAAUCGUUGAACGACGAGUUGAAUAAAUUAAAGGCAGACCUCGAUAAAUCCGAGGAGAAAAUUCGGUCUCUGGAACCGUUGGUCUCUCGUUUACAGAGUGAAAACGAUGGAUUACGAAAUGAUUUGAUAGAUUUGGAGAACCAGGCGAACGAUUUGAAAGCAAAAAUGCGCAAAGAAACUGCUGACAACGAAAAGAUGCGAAACGACUUGAAGAUAUUGGAGGAUCAGGUGCAAGAUCUGAGUAAGAAGCUGGACAAUGCCAGAACAGAAAACGAUGCCUUGAAACAGGAGAAUCAAGAUCUCAAAGCAAAGUUAUUGAAUAUGGAUCAAGAUUUAUCGAAUUUAAAAGCGGAGUGUGCCGAUCUGAAACAAGAGAUUGCUGACCUAAAGAAAUUAGUUGACGAGUUAAAGGAAAAAAUCACUAAAUUGGAAGCAAACGUGGAUCAUUGGAAAAUGGAGAAUUGUAAGCUUCAAUUAGAGAUUGAUAAAUUGAGAGCUGAUCUUGAGGGAGCGUUGAAAGAUGUGAGAGAGUGUAAGGCUAGAAAUAAAGCACUACAAGAAGAGUUUAACCAUUUGAAGAAUGAAAAAGAUGAGCUUGAUCAAAAGCUAGCUGACUUAACGUCGCAGUUCGAACAACAAAAGAAGACAUUGGAAGCAGAAAAAUCGGCGAAAGAUAAGGGUGAUUCAGAGAUCAUAGAUCUCAAAGACGAACUUGAUGCAUUGAAAAAGGAACUAGACAAAUUGAGAGCGGACAAUAAUAGAUACAGAAACGAACUGGACGAUCUAGGUAGACAGCUUUCAGCGGCAAGGAACGAGCUAGAAAAGUGCAAAGACGAGGUUUUCGCGUUAAGAGACGCCAAUAACGCGUUAAAAUCAGAACUGGAUCUCUUGAAAAGUUUAAAGGACGAGUACAAUAAAUUGAAAAUUGAUAUAGACACUCUGAAAGCGGAAAAUGCGAACCUUCUGCAGGAUAGAAAAAAUCUCGAAGACGAGUAUGGCAAGUUGAGAGGAGAAGGUGAUGGUCAGAAAAUAGAGAUCGAUAGGCUAAGAUCUAACUUAGAUUCAGAAAAGGAAGCUGCGGAAAGAUUAAAAGUAGAUCUACAAAAUUGCCAAGCUGAGAACGAUAAGCUGCAAAAUGAAUUAAACGCGAUGGCAGACGAGCUGGGAAAAUUAAGAAAGGAAAACGAUCGUAUGAAGAACGGGAUCGAACAGUUGAAGAAGGCGUUGGCAGUUGCAGAAGCGAAGGUAAAAUCUCUGGAAGAUGAACUUUCCGAUUUGUUAGUCGAGAAAGAAGAGUUGAUCAACGAACUUGAUCGUCUCCGGCAAGAGCUGAACAGUCUUCGAAACGAGGCAGAGAAGCAGAUGACCGCGAAAGACACAGCCGCGAAGGAGCUAGCCGCCCUGAAGGACGAACUGGCAGCUCUAAAAGCGGCGUUGGACGAGACUCGUCGCGAAAACGAAACGCUGAAGAAUGAGAACGAGAAGCUGAAUGCGGAAUUAGCAAAGUUGAAUAAGCAAUUGGAAGCCUUGAAAGAUGAGAAUGCAAAGCUGGGAGACGAAAAUGCGAAUCUGAAGGAUGAGAAUGCGAAAUUGACGGCGGAGUUAGCCGAAACGAAGAACAAAUUGACGCAGGCGGAGAGACAGCUGAACGAUUCGAGGAAUGAGAACGAUGACCUGAGGAAGAAGCUGGCUGAUCUCGAGAGCACGGUGAAGGAGCUGGAACCUCUAAAGAAACAAUUAGAAGAUGCUAAGAAGGAGCUAGAUAGAUUGAGCCCGGAGCUAGAUAAAUUGAAAUCGGAGAAUGCAAAAUUGCAGGAAGAUUUGAAUAACGCGACGAAUGAAUCGAACAGGUUGGGAAACGAUUUGGACAGAUUGAAAGCCGAUUAUAAAUUAUUAGGACUUGAACUGGCUGAGUUGAGGGAUGAGAAAGAUAUGCAAAAACGUGACGACGCGUUAGAAGAAGAACCAAUCAAAAUAAAGGAAGAGAAUGUGAAACUGAAAAGCGAUUUGGAUGAUUGUCAAGUGGAGAAUGAAAGAUUGCGCAAAGGAUUGGAAGACUUGAAAUUGCAAAAUGCAGAAUUGCAGAAUGAUUUAAACAAGGCGGAGAACCAAGCGAGUAAAUUAAAGGGCGAUUUGGAUAAAUUGAAAAGCGAUUACGGCGACUUACGGUUAGAGUUAGGUAAACUAAGAAAUGAGAAGAAUAGACAGAAGGAACGCGAUGCUACGUUAAACGGGGAUCUUGAUAAAUUGAAGAAAGAAAAUGAUGAGUUGAAAGAUGUGAAUGAGAAACUGAAAAGCCAAUUAUUCGAUUGCCAAGCAGAGAAUGAAAGGCUGCAUGAGGAAUUGGAAAAGUUGAAGAAGGAAAAUGCCGAACUGAAGCAAGCGGAGAAGAUAGAGCCUAAGAAAACGGAAAUAGAUAAAGAUAUUCUAGAAGACUGCAGCGACUUCAUUAAAGCGAACGAAUUACUAGAGAAGAAAUUUGAAAAGCAAAACGAAGGUGUGCAACGCAUUCGGGAUUAUAUUAAAUAUUUGGAAGGUAAAAUUAAAGAACCUAAAAUGGCAGACAAGCCAGAAGAGGAACCAGAAAUUGAUCUAGAAUUGAGAAAAGACAUUGCAGACUUAUUAAAAAAAUCGCAUAAUCUGUCCAAUAAUAUUUAUCAAACGGAACAGGAAAUAAAAAAUGUUGGGUCGUUGACACUGACACAAUUGGCAGAGCUUCACGAUAAGAUCUGCCAGUUGACAUCGGACAUGGUACACCAGGACAGCAAAGCAGUACCUUGCGAUUCAUCUGGACCAGCUAUUCCAUCACAGGCGGAUUACAUUAUUUUGAACCAGCGUAUAGCUGCUUUGCAGAAACAGAUAGCGAAGAAGCAAAUAGAGACAGACUGGAAGCUACAAGAGCUGAGGAGAGUUCUUCGGAACGAGCAGGCUAACUUAAUUCGAAUCUCCGAUCAGAUGAACUUAGAGAGAAAACGCAAUUUAAAUUUACAGUGCAACAUGGAUGAUUCACCUUAA